UUUUUAAUUAAUUAAAAUGAUAUUUGCAGAUGUCGGAUAACAACCCUAAGACUACGCCAACAAAGGUACCUACUCCUAAAGUAGCUGCCGCACCUAAGGUAGCUGCAACAGCCAAAGCAACUGCUGCAGCUAAAACAGCUAGUGCACCUAUUCCAAAAGUAGCUGCUGCUCUUAAGAAAGUUAAUCUUAAAGAGAAAAAGAAAAGAUUAAAUAAGCCAAGAAAUUAUGAUUUGGGAAAUGGAAUAUACAGGUUUAGUCGGAGUCGUAUGUACCAUAAAAAAGCUAUUUAUAAAUUCAUUAACAAGAAAACACCUAAGAAGGAAGCUCCUAAAAGUCCUGUAACUAUUGUAAAGAACAUAGAUGGAGACAAAAAUGGAAAAACUAGAACCGUUUUGUUAAAAAAAAGAAGGGCAAACUAUCCUACUAUAAAUCGUAUAAAACCUCGUCCAGCUAAAAAAUGUUUUAAAGAUCACACUAGAUAUUUAAGACCAACAUUAAAACCAGGAACAGUUCUUAUCAUUUUAGCUGGUCCUCAUAAGGGCAAGCGUGUUGUUCUGUUAAAGCAAUUGAAAAGUGGUUUACUUCUCAUCACAGGACCCUUCCUUAUCAAUGCUUGUCCAUUAAGAAGAAUCAAUCAGAUUUAUGUUAUUGCUACGUCCACAAAAAUUAAUUUAAAUUUGAUACUGCCAAAACACAUCAAUGAUAAAUACUUUAAAAGGAAACGUGACAAACGUGCUAAGAAAGAAGAAGGUGACAUCUUUGCUGUAAAGAAGGGAGAAUACAAGCCAAGUGAUCAAAGAAAAAUUGAUCAGAAAGUUGUUGAUAAACUUGUUAUUGAUGCUAUCAAGAAAAGCAAGGAUAGAAAAAUGCUCUUUGCAUAUCUUGCAACUAUGUUUGGAUUACGAAGCAGUCAAUACCCACAUAGGAUGAAAUUCUAAAUUUAAUAAAUUUUAUAAUUUUAUCUGUAAGAUCAAAAGAAUCAAUAAAAAUAUG